ACGUCCUUUCAAAAACAUAACCCUUUAUCUUUUCAAUUUUAAAUACCUCUAAUUUUCUAAAUUAAACUAUGGAGUUACAGUGUCAAGUUCAAAAAUACGACUGGGGAAAAAUCGGAAAUUCGAGCACCGUUGCAAAAUUGGUCAAAACCCAGCUUGAAAUCGAAGAAACUAGCCCUUAUGCCGAAUUAUGGAUGGGUACCCACGUAAACGGACCUUCUAUGGUUAAAAGUAACGGUAACCCAUUGUCACAGUUGAUUAAAGAGAACCCCGAAUUCAUUGGUAAAUCCGUAAGAGAAAUAUUCGGAGAUGAUUUACCCUAUUUGUUCAAAAUUUUAUCUGUUAACAAGGCUUUGUCCAUUCAAGCUCACCCUGAUAAGAAACUUGCUGAAGAAUUGCAUGCAAAGUUUCCCAGUGUUUACAAAGACCCAAAUCACAAACCAGAACUUGCCAUUGCUCUAACACCAUUUGAAGCACUGUGUGGUUUCAGACCCAUUAAAGAAAUUAGAAAUUUUGUCACCACCAUUCCAGAACUCAAUAGGAUUGUGGGGGCUGAAAUAUUGAAUGUACCUGAUGAUGUCCAAUUUCUUAAAUUUUCGUUUGCUUCCCUGUUCCAAUUAAGCAAAGAUUCCUUGGAAAAAGAAGCUCAAAGCUUAAUUGAAAGGUUCAGCACAUUAAGUGAACAGGAUAGAGAAUCACAAUUAGCCCCAUUAAUAGAAGUAUUAAAUGGUCAGUUUCCCAGUGACGUUGGUCUUUUUGUUGUCUACUUUUUAAACUAUGUAAAGCUACAGCCAGGAGAAGCUAUUUAUUUGGGCGCCAGCAAACCCCACGCCUAUUUAUCUGGAGAUUGCGUUGAAUGCAUGGCGUGCUCGGACAACGUGGUCAGAGCGGGCUUCACCCCCAAAUUCAUCGACGUCGAAACGCUAGUUUCAAUGUUGAUUUACGAGGGCGAAAACCCGUCCGACAUCCUCUUCAAGCCGACAAAAGAAGACGGAAACACGCAGAUUUACAGGCCGCCAGUUCCAGACUUUGCGGUCGCACAAAUCAAAAUAUCCGCGGGACAAAGUUACGCAACCAUUCCAAGAGACAGCGGCAGCAUUAUCAUUGUAAUCGGCGGUUCCGGGUCGGUAUCGGGCGGAAGCACCAUUCAGAACGGGUCUGUUUUAUUUGUGCCGGCGAACGUUUCAUUACAAAUCACUUCCAGCGAGGACUUGAUCAUGUAUCAAGGAUUGGCCAAUGUUUAAUGCAUUUUUUAUUGUUAUUGUUGUUCAAAUGUUUAAUAAAUGUUAAGAUAAAUAAACUAAUACAACUAUAAGUAACAGU